AUGUUUCGAAUGGAACCCUGGCUGCGUGUAGCAACCAUGGUCGGCACAGAAAUCAGCAUGGGAAGGCUUACAAAAAAGCAGGUCGCGAGAGCAACCCAGCGUCUUUCUUCUGUGGAACUCCGUUUAGUAGGACAAAUUCGAAAAAUUUGGGGAUGCCACGUGAGCUCCGCAAGUCAUGGUGGCCAGAACCCUCUCACAUGGCCCCCAUCAGGAAAUGAGGAAACCGGCCCAACGCAGCACAGAUCUUUGAGCGCAAAUACGCCGCCGCCAUGUAAGAUGAUCAGGAGCCUAAAGCUGCCUCUAGACCCCAUACGUGUUGCAUUCUCUGCCUUGCAUGGAUGUAAGGCGUCAACACCGUCCCGAAAGCGCACCGUCCGAUCCCUAGGCCUCAGCGCCGUCAUGAACUCGGAGGCCGCCGCUCUUGAGCUCGAGACUCCAAGCAGCAGCUCACAAUCGUCGCCGGAACCAUAUCAGGCAUCUGGCUCGCCCAAAGCUGUGAUAGUCUCACCGAAAGGGCAGCAGGAGCUCGCAGGGCAAGCGUUGAAAAACAAGAAAUCAAAGCCUCAGGAUCCUUCGGCCGACUUUGUGAAUGUGCUCAGCACACGUAUCGAGGAGAUUGAACGGGCGGUGGCAGCAGGACAUGGCGGACCUGCAGAACGAGAGGCCGCCAAGGCCCGGAAAAAGCAGCUACGGGAGCGAGUGUACAUCGCGUUUCGGGGCGUGUGGGACGGGCUACGUAAGGUAACAGUUUUGGUGGCUAAGUACUGCAGUGACCGGACCAACAGCGCGGAGGAUCGCAUCACGUUCAUUCAACAAAAGUACACGCAGCAGCUUUCGGAGCUUUUGCGACUAGAGAGGCAGCUGCUGGACCUGCAAAGGGAGCACGAGACGGUGUCGAAGGAAAAGGACAAAGUGCAGUCGGAGCUUAAGAAGACCAACCUCCUGAAGGAUAAAUUGGAGGAGCUGUGCAGACAGCUGCAGAAGGAGGCCCGGGAGGUUGCCGAGGACAGCCGACGGCGCAACGAGGAGGAGCUCCGGCAGCGGCAAGCGCUCCAGGCGAAAUUCACGCAGGCAAUAAAUGAAGUGAGUGAGAAGAUGGACGCUCAGGCAUCGGAGCGGGCUCGGCAGCUAGCGGAAAACGAGGAGCUCAAGGCCAAGCUUGAUUCAUUCCUGGGGCAGUUUGAAAGCUUCAAUGCGCUGGUCCAGCGAAAGGACUUGGAGCUGCAGCUAGCCAAUGCCCGUGCCGAGCAGGCCACAGCGCUGGCGUCACAGCUGCAGCAGCGUGCGGAUCUACUGCAGGAUGCCAACUCCAAGUAUUCUGCAGCGAUGGAGGCCAUUAAGCCUCAGCUGGUGGAGCUGGAGACUCUGCGGCAGCGCAACGCCUUGCUGACGGCCGCCAAGGAUGAAUUGCAAACCCAGCUUGAGCACUACGCAGACAAGUUUGCCGAGUUCCAGGACACGCUCACUAAGAGCAACGAGACAUUUGCCAGUUUGAGGGAGCAGAUGGAGGCGGGGGCGAAGGCGCGCACAGUGCUAACCCGGGAGCGCGACGAGGCGCGGCGGCGGGCUGAGGCCAAUGAUCAGACCAUCGUGGCGCUCGUGGAGGACCGUCUGCAGCUGAAGCAGCAGGUGGAAGCUCUGACGGGCAAGUUGCGCACCGAGACGGAAGAGCUUCGGAGAGCACGAGUCCAGAAGGAACGGCUGGAAGGCCUGUGCCGCGCACUGCAGUCGGAGCUGAAGGCAGCCAAGGCGGCGGCAGGCGGCACGGCCGCCGCAACAACGGCUGCCGCGAGCGCAGACACAGCGGCAACGGAAAGCGAGCGUUGUAAUGUCGGCGAUGGCAAUGGCGAUGGUGGCGACAGCAAGGCAGGAGAGGACAGCAGCAGCAGCUUUGGCGGCGGUGCGGACGCAAGUAUGGAGACGGGUCCUUCUACAACGGAGGAGCACACCGGGAAGGAGGAAGGGCCAGGAAAUGGGGCUGCUGCUGGCGUGAAGGCUGCCGAGGAGGUCGGAAGGCAGGAGGAGGGCCAGGGGGCCGAAGUGGAGAGCAAGGACGGCGACGAAGGGGACAAUGCUGUGGCGGAGGCCGUUGUGCAGGUCGGGGUGGUUUCGCAGGCGCAGGCGGCAGCUGGCUAUGGUGAUGCGCUGGUGGACGGGCUUCCGAACGACCUCUAUUAACAAGUGGUUGCUGCUAGCACAGAACGGAGGCUGGGUUGCGGGUGGAUGAGAGAGAUGUGAGCGGGCCGGGUGUGUAAUGGCUGUGGAGUUCUGGCAGCUGUGUUGACGAUUGAUGACGUCUACCGUGUUUUCAUGUCCUUAAUUCUCUUCCCCUUUUCAAGCCCUUCCUUUUUCUCUCUUUCGGCGAAAGAGAUGCAGGUUUUGGGUAGGUGCUCCGUGGAAGGGGAUCAGGCGCGGAACAGGAUACUUAUCCUGCCGGGCAUUAUGGCAUUUCAGGAUCUGUUUAGGAGCUGCAACUCUCUUCAUCAGGCUUUUGCAGCAAUGUGCAUGCAUGGGAUGAAGAUUUUGUGUAUCCUUUACAAGCUGGUUGGGAACUUAUGGCAGUAGCAGUAGUGUUAGUUGGGUCGGUGCAGUAGGCGCAGCAGGGAGUGACAAUUGAGCCAGGCACUGGGUCGGAUGGCAGCGCAUACUGAACGCUCAGGUUCGUCGCGCUAGCAGAGGGAUGCAGUUGGACUUAUCGCCUAAGUAACGAAAUGGUUCUGAAUAGCAGCCUUUGCGGCUCACUACGGUUAAAGUAUUGGCGAGGGG